AUGGUCAAGACUACGGUUGGCAGCGCCAAAAAUGACAAGCUACACAAGUCAAGAAAUAAGAGGCCCGAGGUUGAGACUAGAGACGAUAGGAAGGCGAAAAAAACGAAGAUCAAUCCAGUAGCAUCCAAAGAAUCAAAAUCUUUGGAUAUUGGAGAAAGUGAAGUCAACAGCGAAGAGAAUCUGCAUGUGACUCAAGAUGUAAACAGCUUACCAACGAACAAUAAGCCGGAUGAAUCGGAGCCCAGGGAAGAGACACUCGCAACAACAUUUAAGCCGCCUCCAGGAUUUCAGCCCUUUGAAUUGAAGGAAGUUCCCAACUCACCCGACUUUCUCAGCAAAUCAAAUUUACAAGGAAAACAGAUUUGGUAUAUCACGGCGCCAAUAUCUCUAGAAGUCUCAUCAUUGAAAGAUCUAACGUUAGCAGCCUUAACGACUGGCACGCCGCUGGUGGAAUUUGAUGGGGAUGAAUUUGGGUUUUUCCCUGAGUCGGCUGAUAAACACAACUUUCCAAAAGUACUAACCCCUACAGCCUCGAAGAAUGGAUACAGUUUUGUGCCAGAACCUAUAACACAGAUACUUCAACUUCAACGAAUCGUAAACUUACCCUCCACUUCUGGAUCUCAAGUUGAUACAAAUAAUGCAACGGUCAAAACCCCAUCAUACAGGCUACCAAGAGCUCAACCCAAGGGACUUCGGAUGCGUUUUCACCCCAUCGGCUGUAGGAGUGAAAAUCCAGUAAUAAUAGGCAUGGAAUCCUCAUCGGAGGAAAGCUGUCCGGAGCCUGAUGAUGAAAUUCUGGGCAUUAAAUCUGACGCUAAACUAUACUCUACAGGACCUGACCUCAAGGAAACCGCAAGAAAUAAAACAUCCGAUAAACCUUAUAUUAAAGAAACUAGAGUCCCGCCGCCGAUGCGAAAGGUGAGCUCAACAGUGAGACUCGAUGAAGUUAGCAAGAUUAACCUGAGUCAAAAAUUGCCCCGUGAGGUAGAUGAAAAAUCUAUGACAAAGAAAUCUAAAUUCAAAUCUCACAAUUCUAAAGGCUAA